GCAAAAAUGCUGCAAGGCCGGCCCUCCUCCGGCUGAACACCGCCGCCGUCCUUCCCACCGCCAUGCUUCGCCUCCCCCUAUGCCCCAUCCCGCCACCCGCCUCCCCCUCUCCCUCCGCCGUCUCACCUGCUUUCCCUCCCUUGCCGCCUCCGCCGCGCGCGGCUGCCGCUCGUCCUCUUCAUCCGACGACGAGUUACCCCUCGCCGCCGAGCUCUUCCCGGCCGCCGGGCCUACGCUCCUAUCCGUCGCGCGAUCCCUCGCCGUCGCCUCCCCGCCCCCGUCCGCCGCGUCCGUCCUCGGUUUCCUCUGCCGCCUUCCCCACGACGCCUCCCCGCACAUCUUCCCCCACCUCGUCGCCGCCCUCGCCCGCUCGCCCCACCCGAUCCUUGCGCUCCGCCUCUUCCUCUCCCCGCCCACGUCCGCCGCCACCACCCACCAUUCCUUCAACUCCGCGCUACUCCGGUUUCCCCUCCCCCCUCACCUCCUUCCGGCCUUCUUCUCCCACUCCCUCCGCCGCUUCCCUGGCCUCACUCCCACUCUGCUCUCCUUCAACCUCCUCCUCAAGUGCAUCUGCUCCUCUAUGGUCCCAAGGAACCCCGGCCUCUAUCUUGCAAUCGCGUUGGGAAUCCUCCACGAUGUCAUUCCAGCGUGGAAUCUUGUGCCGGAUAAGUUCACUUACUCUACCGUCGUCUCUGCACUGGCAGAUGCAGGGUGGGUGGAAGACGCGGUGGCGCUGGUUCAUGAGAUGGUGGUCGAUGGAGUGGUGUCUGCUGAGGCUUUUAACCCUGUGCUGAGGGCGAUGCUGCGUGCAGGGGAUGUCAAUGGGGCAGCCAAGCUAUUUCGGUUUAUGCAGCUGAAGGGUUGCACACUGACCGCGGUGACAUACAAUGUGCUGCUGCAUGGUCUACUGUUGUGUGGGAAGGCGAGGGCAGCAAUGAACAUCAUGAGAAGAAUGGAGAAUGAAGGGAUUGUGCCUGGGUUGAUGACCUACGGAGCAGUGGUCGAUGGGCUGGUGAAGUGUGGGAGAGUGGAGGAUGCAUGGAAGGUGGCUCAGGAAAUGGGGAGGAAGGGACUUGCACCCAGUGAGUUUGUGUUCUCAGCUGUGAUCGCUGGGUUUUGCAAGUCAGGAGAGGUUGACAGGGCAUUGAUGGUGUGGGAGGCAAUGGUGGCAGCUAGGGUAAAGCCGAAUGUUGUUUUGUAUUCAGCAAUGAUUGAUGGCUUUGCACGGUCUGGGAGGAUGACAGAAGCUGAAAUGUUAUUUGAAGAAAUGGUAGAUGCAAAAUGUAUCCCAAAUAUCAUGACAUACAGCUCAAUGACUCGGGGAUAUUUCCACAUUGGUAAUUCAUCACGGGCACUCUCUACAUGGGAGGAGAUGAUAAAGGUUGGCUGUGUGCCAAGUGCCAUUAGUUACAGUAUAUUGAUCAGUGGGUUGUGUGAUGUAGGGAGAUUAAAAGAUGCUAUGAUGGUCUGGAAAAACAUGCUUGGUCGUGGCUGUGCACCUGAUACCAUUGCUUAUACUUCAAUGAUGAAAGGUUUAUGCAUGUCUGGGAUGGUAGAUGGUGGUCUCCGUCUAUUUAAUGACAUGCUGGCAAAGGGUGAUGCCAAACCAGAUGUCAUCACUUAUAAUGUUCUAUUGGAUGCGCUGAUCCGCACAAAUGACCUACCUCGGGCAAUGGACUUGCUUAACCAGAUGCUUGAUCAAAUGUGUGAUCCAGACACAGUAACAUGCAAUGUUUUCUUGCGGGAGAUUGGAGUUGUAGAGGGGAAAGGUAGGGAAUUCUUAGAGGGACUGGUCAUGAGGCUAUGCUAUAGAGAUAGAUAUAGGGCAGCAGGAGAUGUUGUAAUGGUCAUGCUGGCUAAGUAUAUUGUGCCAGAGGCUGUCAUUUGGUAUACCAUAGUGAGAGGAGUUUGUCAGACUAAGAGAGUUAAAAAGGUGGUUGACAAUUGUUGGGAUGAGAUUUGGAGGCCGUAGAGAUCAUCCGUAUUUUUUUUAAUACGCCCGUGGGCUCAUGCUGGAGUACUUUUUAUACUCCAUUUGUUUACUUUAUGUAUUGAAUUUGCAUCCCAAUAGAAAUGAUGUUUCCUUUGCCAACUUGUAUAAGUUGUACUUGACAAUUUUUUGUCCUAACGGCAUGUCGUCCAUGAGUUGAUGGGGUUCCUUGCAAACUGAUCUGUAAUCUCCUUGACAGUCCUCUGCUACAUCUUGCCUUUCAGAAAGUCAAGGAAAUAUGGCAGUUUACACUUAUUUUGACUUAUAUACAGGAUGGAAUGUGCAAAUUGUGUUCCAAUUUGCAGAAUGCCAGCUAUGUGGACAUUCAACAUUCAGGCAGCCUUUCAAUUUUCAUACCUGAUGAUUGUCAGAAUGCUCGAGUCACUUGUCGAGCGUGCAGAGGAAAACCCAUGCAAAAUACAAAUCAAAGGAGAAGCAAUGAUGAUGACAAACCUGUUAUGUAUCUGAAGUUAGAGGAUGAAAAUUUUCACGAGCUUAGCUCAUGGUCUUUCACUUUUCCAAUACAUUCGGAACGGUCAGCUCAACAUGAGAUGAAGAAUUACAAAGAGAUGGGCUUAGUGAUGGCAAUUAAAGCUACGCUGUUCCAAAGUUCUGAAAGAAGUUGGAGGAUUUGGUGUCCGAAUAAUCCCGAGCGCAACUGACCAAGUGUCCAAUGUGGAAUUUUGCUGCUGUCCACAUGGUUUGAAAUGCCCACAUUUUGCUUGCUAUCUGCAACGAUGUGAUUCUGACUGAAACGCGAAUGGUAUUGUCAUCGGUGUUGAUUUGCAACAAGGAUUUGUUCGUAAAGUAAUCAAAUCAAGAGAUUUUGAGUUGUGGUGUCCUAAUACAUGUUUUGUAGUAGAUAAGCACCAUAGUUCAGCCGAUGUGGAUUGUGAUACAAAAUGCAGAACGGCAGCGUUGAGAGUUCCGUUUGAUAAGUA